GAAUACUCUUCGGGGUUAGUGAAAACAUUGCGCAAGGUCAUCAAUAUGCUUUUCAUAUGCCAGGGGUAAGUUUAAAUAAGUCACUCGGGCUUGGGGGUGGUGUUGCGGUAGCCACCUUAGGAUUAAUAGAGUCCUAUUUUACCUAGCAAAUUCCACCCGCAUAUUAGUUGAGCUAUCUUACUAUGUAAAAUACAGCUUUGUGAGCCGUUUGGAUUUAAAUGUGUAAUCCGAUUUCAGCAAAAUCAAAUCAUUUCUUUGUAUUCUAUACAUCAAAAUCAGAUCACCACUUUUUCUAAAAUAGGAAAAAGUGGUCUAGCUUCUCAUACACAUAGUGGCUUGAAAAGCUAGACUUUACUCUGUUCUGCCGCAGACUAAGAGAUCAUCUGAUUUUGAUGUACAGAACAAUAAGUGAUUUUGGACCUGCUAGAUCUUUUUUCUUCUUACGUGAUUCGGACAACUUAAAGGAUAUAAAAGGCGACUAUAAUAGCCAAGAACGGACAAAAUCACAGAAUACAGGUUUUAACAAUGAACCAUCGAUUCUUGGAACCUGUUACCCGAAGAAGUGUCCGCUCCUUCAAUUGACUCAUUCAAGAGAAGACUAGACACUCAAAAGUUUACUAGAAAAGAUUAACAUAGACCGCAUGCUUUCCGUCCUAGUAGCACAAAUCUAGAGCUAAACCAGUGAAGAUAUGAUGUGGCAAUCAAAAUAUUUGUUUUUGAACUAACACAGCUACAUUUCGUUUAGGUGGUUAGAUACUAUGACAUCAAGUUUUUACAUCGGUUUACAGUAGAAGUUUCACAAGCUAGAGUUAAUCCUUCCCAAAUCCUUAAAGCACUCAUACAAGCGCCUAGGAUUAUUCUCGCUUCCAAAACUCAAUAUGGUUCAAGUUUUGAAGAAUACGUAUGCCAGUUCAGCUGAGUUUAAAGUGCUGACGCUUGAGCACAAGUCAAUCUGCCAUCGACAGUUCGAAGUUGACGUAGAAACAGGUUGUAAAGUUGUUAUUUCGUCCUGAUAAGGUCUCAUGGCAUGCACAUCCUUCGUUUAAUAUACAAGAAAACAUCCACGACGCUACUUUCCCUACAUGCUUUUUUCCAGAAAACUAUUUAACUGUAUAUACACUACUCUAGUCUCGUGUUACCAUAAAUUACACGUGACUUCAUUGCCAAUAAAACCGUCCUGCAAAUGACGAAUACGUUUGGUGGUCAUUCAUUUGUCUUUAAUACAUAUUGUCAAUACAAAACUGAUUAACCACUAGGAAGGAUUUGGGUAUGGAAAUUCAAACUGCCUAUAUUGAUGGAUUAUCUCAAAUACUUGAGUUUUAUAUUAAGUAUUGAGGUCCAGUGUGAAAUUAUCAGGAGUAGGUUGUUAAGCACGAUCUAUGUCUCCAGGCAGUUCAGAAGUUUCGAUAACCUCUCACCCUUAAAUACAACAGAACUUCACUAGUAUUCUCAGUAUUUAACCAUCUGAAUAUCUUAUAAAUGUUUACUAGUAAAUCUAAUGUUUUUUGUAUCUAGUAAAGGAUCUUAUGUUGUGCUCUUUUCUUAUACUGGGUUCUUUUAUCAUCUAAGUUAACUGUCAUUAAUAAUUCUGUUCACAUUUCCAUAAGCCUUUCUCAUGACAUCCAAAUUUUUAGUCAGGAACCGGGUUUUACACGACAUGGUUCGUCUCCUGGAAAAUGUAAAGUCCACUUUGUUACUAGUGUAAUAUUUUCAGAUUAUCUUUAUCACAGAACAUGAAGGUGUAACAAAAAGUCUUGUCACUUUUGCUGAACAGUUUAAAAAUUCCAGUAUUAUCAUACAGCUGGAUCCUGUUAAACUCAUGGAGGAACAGUUUAUUGCAGGAUUUUGUCGACGAGGUAUGUUGAAUCUAAAAAGAAGUAAUAUUAGUGAUAUUAAAAAUAUCAGUUAAUGUGAUUUUUCUUUUCAAUUUACAAGAUAUGGAAAGUCAAAGUAUGGUGCAUAUAGAUCUGUGCAGUGGAAUGCAUUGCACGUUUUAAUUGCUGAUAAAACUAUGUGGGUAUCAGACGAGGCUAAGUUAGAUAAUCUAACUAGUUUCAACCAUCUUAUAAGGUAAACGCCUUUUAAAGAUAGUGUUCUUGAAAUGCACAAGCUAAAAUUUGACGAAAGCUACUGGGGUUUUCUUUGAUAACCAUACACGGAUUUGUAAUAAUUGAAGUGGUUUCUUAUUUUAGUAGUGUCUGUUGGCUUGUGACUCAGCAUUAUGGCUUUCACCAAGUUCUAUUCGAUACCUACAUAAAUCCUUACAUAUUGAUCGACUUUUUGCCAUCCCGCAUUUUGCUAGUACCCGGUAACAAAUAUACUCUUAGUUAUUUCAUUUAACUUCGCGAAACUUGGUAUUAUCACCAUAUAUUUUAGUGUCAUCACAGUUUUUAUAACAUGGGGCUUCAUUUUUGAAAAUGCUCUUAAACUAAUGUCGUGCUCAUUAUUUUUAGUCCGCGUUUGUAACAUUCGAGUUUUAUCUAAUAUACGCCGCAUUAUCUGCAUAUAUCUGAAGGUAUUCGUUUCAUAGUGUCCCUAUUAUUUAAGAAACCAGUAACGAAUACUGACUGAGGUAUAUUUAUUUGAGGUUAUCAGUUACUUACGGGUGUACUGACUCAAUAAACCGAUCUAUUUUCGAGAUCCAAAUAAAUUAUCCGAUUGUUAACUGACUAAAUUUUAUAGUCAAGAUAUGACUGUAAGUUAUUUUCGGAUAACGGUCACUUAGUUAAAGAUGAAAGCAAAUCUCAGUGAUCAGUUAGCGGAUUCCCCAUCAAUUUCCAAGAUACAUUUUUAAAUAUUGUUUCAGUUUAUCUUUACUAACUGCAUAAUUCUACACAUAAAUAUGGAACCAGUAGUCCUUUUCUUCCGCAAGAAGUUCUAUGACAAUAAAAAAACUGAAGAAUUUAUGUAAAUAGCGCAACUACUGGCUAAGAGGUGGUAGGUAAACAGAGACUAUGAAAUAAAGUUGUUAAAAUUGGUUGUAAACGAUUAAUCGUAAUACAGCAGUCUCUUACUUGAACUGUUUUAAUAUUUGAUAAGUGGGCAAGAGAUUAACUGCAUAUUCUUUGAUCCUUUGACUAAACUAUUUCUUUUAAUUAUCUUAACCCAGAAAACUUGUCUGUAUAAUACAAGUUUUAUGUUCACUUCAGGAUAUUUUACUAUCCUGUAAUCCUUUAAUGUUAUAUUUUAGGAGCUGUUACAGUUCUGCCUAUAAAACCAUUGUCGGAGUUUGGUCUUUCUAUUCAAAAGUCUAUUUUAACCCUGGACAUGUCUCCAGUUGUGUACUCUGGUUUUGGAUUAUCCGCUAAAAAAGUUAAACAAGAAAAGAAGAAAGUUUUCUAUCGAUUUCAAGUCGAUCUAAAAAGUCCACAGUUUCUGCGAAAUGGACCAGUACAUACACGUCUUCGAUCAUUUUUCAAGGCUUUCACUAACCCCCUAGAAUUGGGCACUCGUAUCCCCCGAUGCCUUGGAAAUCUUGGUCCUUUCUUUGUUGAUUGGUUACCAGAUUCCUCAGUCACACAAAUAAAUGAAUUCCCUAAAAGUGAAUCCAUUGCUUCAUAUUUAAAUGACAAAGAACAUCUCGUGAUCCGACCACAAUGUGAGGUGUUUAACUACAUUGGAUCACCUAUACUAAUACCAGAACUAAUUUCAUGGAACAAACUUCCUCUAAAACAAGAAGAAAAUUCAUGCACAUGCACAGAAAUAGACAAAACGUCAGAUUUUUUAAAUAUUGUAAAUAUUCGCUUAGGAUUAACAGUUUUAUCUUAUUUAGCAGCUGGAAUUUCAUUUCCUGAUUCAGCUAUUUCAAAUCGUGUUCCAAGUGAUAAUCCAUGCUUAACAAAUGCAAGUCUGUCACCAAUUUAUGCACAAACUAUAGAUGAAAUUCUGUUACCUGUCUAUAAGCUGGAAAAACUGAACAUUAUAUGUCUAUCAGGUUUAUUUCCGGAUUGCUGCUACGAUGAACUGGAGGAUAAAAUAAAAUCAAUGUUAGCAGAAAGUCAACGCGGGAAUGAAUUAGUUUACAUGUGCAGAUGUCCACUAAAAGUUACCACCGAUUCAGUACAAUCGUUGAAACAGUCUGUUAAUCACUUAGGAACUCUAUUUUUAACUGGUAGAAAACCUGUUUCAGAUUCACAAGGACUACCACUUAUUAAAAUUCGAUUUUAACAUUUUAUUUUUCCAUUUGCAUGUACAUUUUUGCCGUUAUCGGUAAUAUACAUUCUUGAAUUAUA